UGAAGUUGAGAAGAAGAGGAUGAAGCGAGAAGAAGUGAAGAAUUAAAACAACACAACAAACCUCCACGUUGGAAUCUGAGACGUGAAGAUCCUUUAAAACGUCACCUUCCUCUGACGUCAGGAGUUUUUUUACUGACGUCAUGAAACAUCUGUUCUUCUCCAGCUGUGCGUAAAGUGGAGAUGCCCGUGCGUAAAGGCGAGCUCCUGUCCGCACCUCUCUCCUCCUCCUCCUCCUCCUCAUCUUCAUCUUCAUCUUCCUCCUCCUCAUCAUCAUCUUCAUCAUCCUCGGAUCUACAUCACAGCAGAUGGGGAACCUUCUGAAAAUGGCUGCUCUUCUCGCCGGGCUCCUCGCCUGCGUGUUGCUUCUCGCUGCCGGAUCCUCCACGAGUCGUGACCAGGUUCCUGUGGAGAGCAACGGGACGAGGGGGGACCCGGGCCGUGGGGGGGCAGAGCCCGGGGAGCGGGACCUCCAUCCCCGGGGGAACUCCACUUCUCAUAAGAAGGCUUUCCCAGUCCUGUCCUUCAACUACGAGCACGUCAGGAAGCCCUUCGAGAUCUCUCUGUGGAUCCUCCUGGCUCUGCUCAUGAAGCUCGGUUUUCACAUUAUCCCCCGAGUGUCGAACGUGGUCCCAGAGAGCUGCCUGCUGAUCGUGGUCGGCCUGCUGGUCGGCGGCCUCAUCAAAGCCAUCGGAGAGAAAGCCCCUGUCCUCCACUACGAGCUCUUCUUCUUCUACCUGCUGCCUCCCAUCAUCCUCGAUGCCGGCUACUUCCUGCCCAUCCGGCCCUUCAUGGAGAACCUGGGCACCAUCCUGGUGUUCGCGGUGGUGGGCACGCUGUGGAACGCCUUCUUCGUGGGCGGGAUGAUGUACGCCGUGUGUCAGCUGGCGGGCGCUCAGCUGGGCGGCGUGGACCUGCUGUCCUGCCUGCUGUUCGGCACCAUCAUCUCGGCCGUGGACCCCGUGGCCGUGCUGGCCGUGUUCGAGGAGAUCCACAUCAACGAGCUGGUGCACAUCCUGGUGUUCGGGGAGUCGCUGCUCAACGACGCCGUCACCGUGGUUCUGUAUCACCUGUUCAGGGAGUUCUCUCAGGCCGGAACCGUGACUGUGGGCGACGCCCUCCUCGGCGUGGUCUGCUUCUUUGUGGUUUUUCUGGGAGGCAUCAUGGUGGGAGUCAUCUACGGCCUCCUGGGGGCGUUCACCUCCCGCUUCACCUCUCACACCCGGGUCAUCGAGCCGCUGUUUGUCUUCCUCUACAGCUUCAUGGCGUACCUCUCGGCUGAGGUCUUCCACCUGUCAGGCAUCAUGUCGUUGAUAGCGUGUGGCGUGACGAUGCGGCCGUACGUGGAGGCCAACAUCUCCCACAAGUCCCACACCACCAUCAAAUACUUCCUGAAGAUGUGGAGCAGCGUGAACGAGACGCUCAUCUUCAUCUUCCUCGGUGUUUCCACGGUAGCCGGUCCUCACGCCUGGAACUGGACCUUCGUCAUUCUCACGGUUAUCCUGUGUUUAGUGGCGAGAGUGUUGGGAGUCAUCGGCCUCACGUACAUCAUCAAUAAAUUUCGCAUCGUGAAGUUGACCAAAAAGGACCAGUUCAUCGUGGCCUACGGUGGCCUGCGAGGGGCCAUCGCCUUCUCACUGGGCGCCCUGCUGACCAACAACGAGAUGAAGAACAUGUUCCUCACCGCCAUCAUCACCGUCAUCUUCUUCACCGUCUUCGUGCAGGGGAUGACGAUCCGGCCUCUGGUGGAGCUUCUUGCAGUGAAGAGGAAGAAGGAGACCAGAAGAUCAAUAAACGAGGAGAUUCACACACAGUUCCUGGAUCAUCUGCUCACAGGGAUCGAAGACAUCUGUGGUCAUUACGGACACCAUCACUGGAAAGACAAGCUGAACCGCUUCAACAAGUCCUACGUGAAGAAGUGGCUGAUCGCCGGCGACCGCUCCACCGAGCCUCAGCUCAUCUCCUUCUACAACAAGAUGGAGAUGAAGCAGGCCAUGAUGCUGGUGGAGAGCGGGAGCGCCGCCAAGCUGCCCUCCAUCGUGUCCUCCGUCUCCAUGCAGAACAUUCAGCCGAAGGGUCCGACCAGAGGACGAGCGAUUCCGAGCAUCUCCAAGAGUCGAGAGGCGGAGAUCAGAAAGCUCCUGCGAGCAAGUCUGCAGCAGACGAGACAGAGGCUUCGCUCCUACAGCCGACACGACCUGCUGGUCGAUGCCUUCGAGGACAAUCUGAGUGAGGUUCGCUUCAGGAAGUCGAGGGUGGAGAUGGAGAGGAGGAUGAGUCACUAUCUCACGGUCCCUGCCAACCGCCAGGAAACCCCGCCUGUGAGGAAAGUCUGUUUUGAGCCAGAGCACCAGGUCUAUACGUACGACACGGAGGGCGAGAGCCCCAGAGGUCGAGCAGCUCAGACUCAUCCCAGCCCCCCCGACGCCAUCGGCCUGGUGAACGAAUCGACCCCGAGGCCCAAUCAGAGCAGCGCACUGCGAGAUGAAGGUGAAACCGAGCUGAGGGCGAAAGCACCCGACGACCAGGAGGAGCACCUGAAAAUAUCCCGGUGCCUUAGUGACCCGGGUCCAAACAAAGACGAGGAGGAGGACGGCUCCUUCGUCUCAUGAGGAAACGCAUGUUUACAGUUCUUUAUAUACGAGGUUGUUUCCUCCUCAGUUACAUUCAGUCAGAUCACUGGAAGAGCAGUCGGAGCAAAGCUUUAUAUUUGUGAUCGUUUUUACGUUUAUGGGAUCAAAUUGUAUUUUCAUUAUUCCUGAAUGUCCAGAAGUUAUUAUUUGCUCAAACCAAAGCAUGGACAACGAGUAUUUCCUGUCUUGAUGUGAGCCCGAGUCCACAUUGAGUCUUAACAUGCACACGGGCAUUAAAUAACACAAAAAAAAGACAAAGCACUUGAUUUACCAAACUUGAAGCACCAGAUCGGUGGAGUUUCCCACUCAAAGCACAUUAUAAGAAAUAUCAUAGAAUCAAAUAUGAUGGAUAAAUCAGUGUCGGACAAAAAGUAAAAUGCCUUUACAUAUCAGAAGUGCUUUAAUGUAUUUGAUGUCAUUUAGAAAGAGCGCCUCCAAACUGCCAUGAACCUUUUGUACAAACAUUCUCUGUCCCCAGAGGACGAAUCCUGUUUACACGAGCAUGGGGUAUUUUUUGUAAGUGAAAUGUCUUGGGGGGGGGGGGGGCCACUGGACUGUGAUGUCACUUGGUUCAGGCCACGAUCUGCAAAUCAAGAUGGACAACAGCUCCGAUUCCUCCUGCUGUGCAAAAAUUAAGCCAAAAUAAGGGGGUUCAUGACCUCUACUGCAAGCAGCCUCCAGGGGGCGAUCAAAAUUCUUUGGCUUCACUCUUUGGGAGCUGUCAUGUCGUCCAUCUUUGUAGUUUGUUGGCAUCAGUGAACAAACACUCAGCUUUUGUGCUAAUUAACAGAAUAUCAGGCUCAGCUAUGUACCAGUUAGCCGUAUGUUAGCAUGCUAUCAUGCUAAACUAGCAUGAGCAUGUUAAAGCAGUGUGUUAGCAUUUAGCUCAAAGCACAGCCUCUAAUUGUAAAAUGUGCUGCUCUGUACAUGUUGUGGUCAAAAAUAUUUCAAAGAACAAAAGAAACUUUGAGGGUUUUUUCUGUUUCAUGAUUGUUUAUGUUUGUUUGUUCAAGAAAAUCCAAAAAAUAUAAAUAUUUGAUUUAUAUAAAUCGCAAAAAAUUAUUAUGAACUCAAGACUGGUUGGUUGAAUAGAAGACGUCGAUCUGUUGAAUAUUAACAAGAAUGUUAAAACAACUUUCAAAUGUUAUAAUACGACCGACUCAGCACUCUUGAUGUUUCCUGACGGAUCAGUGUUUUCUCAGGACCUGCAGCUCAGCACAGUAUUAACAGAUGUCCACUGCACGAAGGAAUUAAGUGGGAUUCAUUUGUAAUGUGAGCGUUGAUGAGCUGUUUGUUCUGCUGCGAGCUUCAGUAACGUUCCCACAGAGAAACAAAGCUCCACGUGUGGGGGUUCGUCUUAACUGAGCAUGUUUACCUGAGACUGAAUCGACUUUGAUGUCUGCACUGCACUGGACUGCCCGAGCUUCUGCUGCCUGCACAUGUUUGCCUUAAAAUGUCUGUGCUUUCCUGUGUGUUUGCCAGUACAAGUAUUUUUAUAUCAUGUAAAAGAGGAAUAUUUGUUUUAAAUAUGUGUUGUGUGAAGAAAAGCUUUAAUUCCCCUCUGAAAUAAAGGUCUGUUCAGGAAUAACAGGCAUGGAGUUUGUUGGAUUUGUGGAAAUGGAUGCGUGGCAGCAGGUGGAGGGAAAAACACAGAAGCCCUGUUUAUCUAUACGUAAAGUAAAGCUUGUUUAAU